AUGGAACGUGAGUACGGCCGUGGUCUUGCCAAUGAAAAGCAACUCUUUCACGGAACCACACCAGACUCAGCCGAUCUCAUCCCGCACCAAAACAUCGACUUCCGGUUAGCCGGAAGUAGAGUGGGCGCCCUCUAUGGCCAAGGGGCGUACUUUGCUGUGGACGCCAAGUAUUCUGAUGGCUACGCUAAAGAAGAUGCAAGGCGUCACAGGUUCAUGUUCUUGGCUAAAGUUCUCGUUGGGAAGUCGAAGCAAGGAAACCGAGAGUUGAAACGUCCGCCUGUGUUGGAUUCCAGCAACAAAACUAAACUCGCUGACUCAGCAUGUGAUAGCGAAACAAGCGUGAUCUACGUGAUUUUCAGCGAAGGUCAAAUAUACCCAGAGUAUCUGAUUGAAUAUUACUGA